GUGGCAACUGGCAAGAAGCAGUGCCAGUUGAUCCGCGGCAUUCGCUACGGUUGCAUGCUCGCUGUAGGUCGUAGCAUGUUUCACGCCUUCUCCUAAAAGAAAUUUAUUUAUUAUUUCAUAACCGUGUGUGUCCCUUUUUUCGCGUUCUGAAAUUUAUCGAUAAAAAAAACUCGGAAGAUCAUCGAUCGGAAAAACUAAUGAGUCUCGUGGAAUAUACCGCCGGUCGAAUAAAAAGCCAGAUAAACAGGAAUGCGUUGUAUGCUGGGAACAUGGGAAUGUAGCGAGUGUAUGCGUGUAAAGUGUUGCGCGCGGGCGUGUUUUCCAGACAAGUUCCUCCGUUCUUUCAUCGUUUUCUAAGAAACGCAUUCAGAAUACUGGAGAGAACACGAUGGUGUUCCCGACAAUACGAGCCACUGCAGUAUUCUUAUUGUUGUCCAUCCUCGAUCUUGAUGCUGCGGUACCUAAUACUCUUACAUCGGCUAAGGAGGAAUGUAGAAAAAGAAUAGCUGAAUGCACAAUGAAUGGUGGUGGAAGCACGCCAGUGUGCGGAAGUGAUGGAGUCACGUACUCCAAUCAAUGUCAAGUCAUUUCUAAGCAAUGUCAAGGCGUGUCUGUCCUCAUCAAACACACUGGACCUUGUCCAGAGACUCCGGCGUGUUUCUCAGCAAGAUUGACCGCUCGACAUGGCGUACGGCCUGCCUGCCGAGAUGAUGGGACGUACGCGCCAGUUCAGUGUCACGCAGAGACCGAGUAUUGUUGGUGUGUAACGCCGCAAGGCCGGCCGUUGCCCGACACAACGGUAAGAUAUAAAAAACCAAGAUGUUUGAAAGCCGGUUCCAGAUCUGCUGCUUCUACUAGGAGCAGUCAAAGGCGACGCUCACCGACUAGGAAACAACGUAGGCAGUAUGUCAGCAAUAGGCAUCGAAAUACCUGCGAUCGUACCGAAAAGUCCAAAUUCAAUGGAAACCUCAUCGAGAACUUCAAAAUUGAAUACAGACGGACUAAUAUAUCCGCUGAGGAUGAUAAGAAUGUUGAACGGGUGUUGUCGUGGAAAUUUCUUAAGCUGGACCAGAACGCGGACGGCUACUUAGAUAAGACAGAAUACAAGGAGCUUAGAAGACUCGCCAAGAAGGCGGUGAGACCGAAGAAGUGCGCACGCACAUUCGCUCGCACGUGCGACCUAAAUCGGGAUUUAAAACUAUCCAAGCAGGAAUGGGGUGCUUGUCUUGCCAAUGAUUUCACUCUUUUGAAAGGUAGCCCAGCCAUUGGCAGUCCUAUUCAAUCUUUACCGUUUAAUGAUGAUCAUUCGGAUACUAAGGAGGAAAGCGAUGCAAAUGAUUGCAUAUCGGAUAGAAAAUCAGUGUUGGAAGAUCAGAAACGAGAAAAUUUGUACGUUCCACAAUGCAUGUCUGAUGGAAGGUAUCAUCGAGUGCAAUGCUAUUCGGGUUAUUGUUGGUGUGUAUAUCAAGAUACAGGUAAGCCAAUACCAGGGACAUCCUCAAAGGAUCGUACACCAAAUUGUAAUCCAGUUCCGACUCCCAGCAGACCUAUGAAAGGAUGUCCAGAGUUAAAAAAACAAUUAUUCCUUCGAGAUCUGAUGACUCUCAUGCAAGAAAAAAUGGAAGCUUCCAACAUCGAUUCUAAUGAAACUACCGUUAAAUGGCAGGCUUCUAAGGAGGAAAGAAUAGCAACUUGGCAUUUUGUAAUGCUUGAUAAGAACAAAAAUAAGGUUUUAGAAAAAAAAGAGUGGAAAAAUUUUCGCACAAUGGUAGCGAAUAACAGACAACUCCGGAGAUGUGGUAAAAAAUUACCGAGAUAUUGUGACAUCAACAAUGAUAGAAGGAUCAGUAUGACAGAAUGGCUUAGCUGUCUCAAUGCUCAGCGUCCAACAAUAGCUAAUGAUCCGGAGAAACCAUUAACUACACCGAAAAGAAUAGGUCCAAAUCCACUAGAUCAGUUUCUCAAUGAUGAUGACUAGCAUAUUAUGUGAUAAUUUGUGUUCGCUAUCCUAUAAAGAGACACUCAUCUUUUUUUUUUGUCAUUGAGCAUUAACAUAAGUACGACUGCAGGAAUUCCUGAAAUCACCGUAAGCUUUUUAAUGUAAUAAUAUUUCUUUAG